AAAGGAUUCCGUCGCCCUAAUGUCAAAAGUCCUGUGAGUCCUGCUUCUGCUUUCACGCAGUUGGUACUAACCCUGCUGUCCAACAGUUCUGACUUCCAGUUCCACGUCAGAGGGUGGCCGUCACCUCCCACAUAGACACAGGCAUAGUAUGCUCUCUCCCUGAGAAGGAGUGACCAACAAGUCACACAGAUUUCAGCUAGAAGGUGGCAGCGCAGGUGCAAUCGGUGCUUUCACUGGAACACCUUUUCCAUCUACUCCACGGCGUGGCCGCGCAGAUGCGAGAGGAAGAGGGUCUACACCUGGAAUUCUUAGCCGCCCUACCGCCAUUCACAUUCCCUCCAGCUGCAAGUAUUUACUGCCCAUGGCUAUUUUAAGGGUCUGUAAUUACUCUGGAAUCAGUAAACCAUGGCGUCAAAGAAAUUUGCUGUUAAAUGUGGGAAUUUUGCUGUCCUGGUGGAUCUUCACAUAUUGCCGCAAGGUUCAAACAUAGAUACCAGCUGGUUUUCUGAACAGAAGAAAGAGGAAGUCUGUUUACUGUUAAAAGAAACCAUUGAUUCAAGAGUUAAGGAGUACUUGGAAGUUCGUAAACAGCACAGGACAUCAAAUACAGAAUUCACAAGAUCCAGUCCCUUGACCUUAAAAGGUUAUGGCUUUCAAAUCACAGCCUAUUUUCUCAAGAGAGGGAUACGCCUCCACUGUUUCAGAAGUUCACAGAAUACUGAGCUCCGUGUAUUUCCUGACAGAUUUGUGGUCUGUGUAAGUCAACUUUCAUUCAGUCAUGAUCUUAUGGCAAGUCAGAAUGAAGAAUUGACAGAAGGAACUCUCCACGGAGCGUCUGAUUAUCUUGCUGAGUGUGCCGAGAGUCCACUUCCUCCCAGUGCAAAGCGCAAGAGAAAUGCUCUGAAAGAAAUUGUGAGAAGAACUGAAACAAAAAGCAGCGUUGUGAGCAAAUCACGGAGCAGCCGGGACAUUGGGGGAACAGCUAGUGACCCAGUGAUUGCAGAGAUAGCGAGGAGGAGGGGUGACAGUCAGGCUUCAGCCAGUCCCCCAUCAGAGUCCACAGAACAAGCAGAAGAUAACAUAAAGGCAGCUGAGAGCCACUGGGGGCUUCCUGUUCAAAAGCUGGAAAAUGUUCAUCAGACCCAGCCAGAAGACGCUAGCAGCCAGCAAAAACCUCAUCAUGGGGAGUGGUCAGAGACAGGGCUUCUAAGCAGGGGCCCUGUCUAUAGCUGUGAGUCAGCAUCGCCAGGUCCAAAACAAAGUCCACAAGGGGCCAGAACACAACAGAAACGCAGGAACCUCGGCUCUGCGGAAGACGUCGACCACCACAAGAGAGUUUCUCUUGGAAGUGAUCGAUUAGUCCCAAGAGAAAUAAUAGGGGAAAAAAGCAAAGCUGUCAGGGUUUUGCCAACUUCAGAGCUGUCGGAUCCGGGGUUACUUGUGAAACAAGGUUUGGCAAAAACGGCGUCUAAUGAAGAGUUGCAUGUUUUGGAAAAUCUCUCCUCUGGACAUCUUACGAAAAAUAAGUUAGGGAAGGCACAGCAAACUGGCUCAGCCACAAACACUGAAAGAUUAUCUGCAAUCCAGGGCAGUCCAACCAAGAAAAGAAAGAAGCAUGAAAGAGGCCACUAACUUACUGAAGGGGAUUGCAGAGAUGUAGUUGGGUCUAUAGUGGCUAAAGAUGUGGAAAGAGAGGGGUCUGUGUAGAUGCUGUGAUUUUAAAGGAAUUAGAAUGAUUAUUUUGUACCGAAAAUGUGUAUCUGUGUUAGUGUUAGUUUUCAAUGCAUUCAUCUUCAGCAGGCUAUAUGAUUUUUCUAACAACGUUGCUACUUUCUCAUACUUUAUAACUGUCUUCAGAAAGUUAUUUUAGUGAGAAAUGGCCAUUCACCUUGUCAAGGAUGAUCCCAUUCUUGAAGGACCUGCCUGAAGAAACCAGCCAUGUGCUUUCUUGGCCCAUCACUGUGCACACCGUAUGAUGGGCUAUAUGAAGACAGGGCCAUAGUGCAAUAUCUAGGGGUACAAUUUCUCCUCCUGUUCCUCAGCCUGAAUUGAACAGAAGUGAAGGAACAGGCUAGCCGUCUUCAACAUCUGGUUCUGGGCCCAGCAUCACUGUCUAAAAAUAUGUUAGAAAGGCCCAUCUUGGGCCCCACCCCAGGCCUACUGAAUGAGAAACCCUGGGUGAUUCUGAAACAUGCUCAAGUUUGAGAACCACUGGACUAAUUGGAGACUCCCUAGUGUUUCUUUCCUCAAUACUGGCUACCAUGGCCUCCAGCUCAUCAGCUGGGGCCCAUAUGUGGACAUGCACACCCUUGUGCUCCCUCAAACUUGUAAAACACCUGGGUUCAGCCUAUGAGCAGCUCUGUUCCCAGGUUCUCUACAGCACGGUGGCCACUGCACCCACAAAACUGUUAAUUACCCUAAAAUUACUAGAAGUUUAUGGCUAAUUUGACCUUGCAUUAGAGGAAGAGAGUAGAGGGACAGGCUUGCUCUUGCUUGUAGCUCAGGCAUGUCCCUGCCCCUGCACUUGCCCCCACCUCUGAGAUUUUGGUUAGGUUCAGGAAGGAUUCGAACCAAAGGGGAGCUCAGUGGCCAGAGUUUCCGGUUUCCCAUUUGGAAGGCAUCACAGGCAGUUUCAGUUUCAAAACAGGAGCCUUCCGUUUGCACUGUCACCCACUAAUGUCUCCAGUGGGCUUGCUGAAAUGUCAGAGUGAAUCAUAGCAAUGACUUAUUUUGGAUGGACACCUACUAAAGAUUUUGUUAACCCAGUUUCAUUCUAAAAUAGGGGAAAAAAACAUAUUCACAGGCCACCCAUCAAAUACAUCUUUUUUUCUACUCAACAUUGUGUGGUCCUUUGAAGUAGCACCUCCCUAGUAACAAGGAAAAUCAAGUAUAUUCCCAAAGUGUCGGAGUUAGCAGAAAAAUAACCCAGAAAAAGCCUAAUGUAAUAAAAGAAUAUGGAAACAGACACAGUGUUGGUGGUUUGUGCUUAAGACUAAUUAUGGUUACUCCUAGCUCAUUCUGUGCUUCCCUAUGUCUCCUUUCCCACUUGUGUUGUAGGGUAUUACUCAUUAAGAGGCAGCCAUAUUUCAUGGCACCAUCUUGGAUCAUGAAGUUCAGUGUUGGUCACUAUACUUGGCCAUGAAUGUAGAUCCUAUUCCUUUGAUGUUCCCCACCUUGCCUGGAAACCUCUUCCCUUCAUGUGAUCCCAGCCUCAUGACCUUCACUCACCGGGAACGUGGCCCCGUGCACUGGCGUCCUUUCCUCUUCCCAUCCCUAGGUUUUUUUUCCUGCUCUUAGCUGAUUCCAAGCAAAGCAUUCUGUGGGAAAAGAGGGAACCCAACAGGAUACUAACCACAGUGGAGCAGAUUGUGCUCAUCCAGUUGGGGUAGACUGCACAGGAUGGAAACCUCAAUCUCCAUGGUCUGUGGGGGGCCCCUGCUGUUAGAGGGACAGCAAUUCUAGGUGUGCUGUUCACUGAAGACAGGAGCACAGUGUGUCCUUGAAUCUUCUUAAACAGAAUUACCGGAACGGUUUCAACAGGGCACAAGUAAUAACCUUGGUGACUGGCCAAGAAACAAUAAGCUCCCUGGAAAAGAGUCUAGAAUAAAAGACAACCAUUUCAGUGCAAUAGUUGCUGCCUAACGUACACCUAGAAGGAGAUGUUUGAAAUGGAGGCAGCAGAGAAAAGCUUUUAAUUGAAAAGUUUUUAUUUCAUUUGUUAACGGGACAAAGCCAAUACUUGUGAUUUAGUGAUUCUCUUUCAAGAACAGCCUUGGCUUUAGGGUUUGGUAUAUUCGUGAAAUAACAAUUACUGUGACCUAAGAGGGAAAACAGUACCUUGGGUUGUAGAUUGACUGGUCUUUCUCACAGCCCUGCAUGUACAUGGGAUUUUCACAGGGUUAAUGGAGGGAACAGCUCUCCACUCCGCACUAUGGCAUGUGUUUAAGGAAUUUUGCCUCUAAGCAUUUUUCUUCCACAUGUCUGAAACACCCCAGAUCUCUUGUUACUUGAGUGGUUGUGUGAUUCUUUGGAUGUUUGGAAGUACAAAGGGGAAGAUGGCUGCCAGGUUUUGCUUAUUAGCUGGGAAAUGCAGAAUUCUCUACUCCUGGGAGUGGGGUGUGUGUUGACGUUCUUUAUAAUCUUAUUAAUUCAGCAUCUGAAAAUCUGAGAGCCUGUCAGUAUUCUUAAUCAAAAAGAACACAGUCUUCAACCACUUACUUAACAACCCAAAUUAAAUUUAUUUUCAAGUCCCUGUAAUUCUGAUGCUUCAGAGAAAUGUUACAGUUUGAACUCCCUAACUUUCUCAGUGUCAUUAUGGCUUCUAAGUCGCAUCCUUGUGCUUUCAGAUGGCUUUUUUAAAAAUAUAUUGAUGUCGGAUUUUGUGUUGUUUUUUUAAUGUCCAUAAACAAGAAAUGUCAGAGAACAGUCAGUGUGAUUUUUCUUACACGUUUUUUUUUUUCUUUGCUGCUAGAGGUUAACUAUCAUCUAGAUAUGCAUAUAAAUUGUCAAAUGCAAAGAAGCAACCAUUUGGGGAGAGAGAAGUGAGUGCUGCAGCAUUUUUGUUUACUUAUGUUAGUAUUAAAGAAGUAAGAAAAUGUAUUUUAUUUUUU